AUGCCAACUAUUCCAAUGCCCACUAUAGUUUCUCCUAACCAAGGUGGUACCCCAAUCAUUGACGCAUCAGCUCAAAUUAACACCCCAACCAUAUCUGAGACACUUCCAGUUACACAAAAUCAGAGUAAUCCAAUAGCUCAGGAUCUGUCUACUCAGAGCAUCCCAACAUGUCAUGGCAACCCAACUGCUGAAGGUGAUAUAUCCACUCAAAACAACCCAAUAGGUCAUAGAAACACAAUUGUUGAAGAUACUAAUAUUACUUUUGAUUUACACAUGUUGGAACCUUCUAUAACAUGCUCUAGUUUCAUAACCAAGUCUUUUAGAAGUGAAGUUGAUCCCAAUGGAAUCAAUUGGAGAAGUGUUUCAAAUGAUGUAAAAGAUGGUUAUUUUGGAGAAUUCAAGUCAGAAACAAAUUCAAAGAAUCGUCGUCGUGGCCGUGAAGUUGCUGCUGGGACUCACACGGGUGGCUCUAUUUCAAUUGGAGAAUAUCGCAAGAGACUUGCUAUUAAAAAGGGUAGGGAUCCAACACCAGUCGAGUUACAUUUGCACGUACAUACGCAUGAUCAUGAUGAAAAGUCUUUUGUUGAUGAGCGUUCUCGAAUUGUCCAUGAAACAUAUGAAGAGAUCUUACAGGAAAAAAUGGCAUCUCAAUCUGAUAUUGAUCAAUCUGAAGCAUAUAACCAAGCUAUGGGCGGAGAAAAGAAGAGAAGAAUAUACGGUCUUGGAUCUGAAGUGAAAAAUUACUACAAGCAUAAGCUUUGUGCCUCAUCAUUUGUACGACCUUCAGUUUCUCAAUCAGCAUCAACAACAAAUAUGGAUGAAUUUGUAAAGGAAAUGCUUCCUGCACUUACUAAUCGUUUUCUUCCUGUUAUUAUAGAGCGGGUACAAGAAAUGAUUACUCCCGUUGACAAUCCGUCACCUUUGACCCCCACAAUGCCUCCUCCUGCUACUACUAGUGAGGUUGAUCCCUUAGUUUCAAGUGACGACGAUGCUAUCCCAUAG